AACCGGACACGGAGUACUUAGUGUGACGUCAGAGGGGCAACAUGGCGAGCACCGGAGCAGCGGUGGAUGAAAUUAUGCGAUAUGCUGAAUAUACCCCUAAAACAAAUGUCAGAAGUGACGCAGAGAUCGACAGACGGUUGGGAGGGACUCUGAUUGCUGUUGGCCUCGGUGUUGCAGCUGCAGCUUUUGCCGGUCGUUAUGCGUUCCAGCUGUGGAAGCCGCUGGGACAAGUUUUCUCUGAAACGGUCAAGAAGAUGCCCACGUCGACUUUCUCGUCUUAUUACAAAGGAGGCUUUGAGCAGAAUAUGUCGAGGCGGGAGGCAAGCCUCAUUCUGGGCAUCAGCCCAGCUGCCGCAAAGGCUAAAGUACGUGAAGCACAUCGGAGGAUCAUGGUCCUGAAUCAUCCAGAUAAAGGUGGCUCUCCAUAUCUCGCUACAAAGAUCAACGAGGCCAAAGACCUAAUGGAGAAGGAGACCCGCCGAUGACGUGCGGAUCGGUCUCUCAGCUCAUGAAUACUGCUCCGUUAAUGUCAGCAGGACUUUCUCUGCGUCUCUUUGUGAACAACGUACAGACUGAGAAUCAAACACAUGAAGAGACCGCUCCUUUAUUUCUAGAUGGAGCAGUAACAGCAAAUAAACUGGUGGGAGCAGAUGUGAAGUCGCCCUCUUGUGGAAGCCGACUAAAAUGCUUCUUAGCUCAUUUCUUUCUUUCUUUCUUUCAUAAUAUAGAAAUGUACAUAUAUUGCCGUGCAGUGAGAAAUAUUUGUAAGCUCUGAAUGUGGAGAUAGUAAAUAAUUUUCUCUGCUAAACAACAAACUGGGUGUCUGAACAACGUGUUUAAAUGUUGGUCAGGUUGGACUUGUAUCAACAAAAAUGUUUCAGUCAAAUUCCUUCUUAAUGUAUCUGAAGGGUUCAGUUCAAGGUAUUAAAGCACUAGAUUGUCCUUUUUAUCACCACUGUAUAAUAUUAUUGAAAUAUUACUUUUAGAGUUUCUACUUUAAAUCCAAGUGUGACUACAUUCCAGCUCAUUCUGUGGGACCCCAAGGCCUCCCCAGGCCAGACAGGAUAUCUAGCCCCUCCAGCGAGUUCUGGCUCUCCUGCUGAGUCAUAAAAUAAUUAGUUUGGGUCAUUAGUAAAGCUAUACGUAUUGUUAAGUUGAAAAUGUUUAGUAUCUCCCUUUUGGAAUGUGGUAAAGUAGAACAAUAAAGUGGUCCAAAAUGAA